UCCCUGGUUUCUGCUGUCCUCGCUCCACCUCGGCUGGAGUCCCGGACAGCGCCCCAGCGCCCCAGGCCCCAGGCUCCGACUCCCUCUUCCCAGCCUGGGGAGGGGCUCCAGCUGCUGGACCUCUAGGGCGGUACAAUCUAGCCAGCUCUGUUGUGCGGCGCCGGCUCUGGAGGAGCAGACACGCGCUGGUGCCGCUGCCCCAGUGGCCCCUGUGCAGAGCAUCGCGAUUUGGACGUGGAGAAGAAGAAAGAAGGGACCGCGUGGGCUUCCCUGACCACCCUUCCCCGCCUCCUGGCCGGGUGUCUCAGCCCGUCCUCCACUGUGUCUCCAAGAUGCGGGCAUCCUGGUGCCCAGCGCUGUCUUUCCUGCUCUCCUUUGUUGCAGGUGCUUUUGUUAACACAGCAGCCAGCUCAAGAAGUCACAGAUCACUAGCAUUUGCAGACCAGCCUGGGAUCUGUCACUAUGGCCCUAAAUUUGAAUGUUGCUAUGGAUGGAAAAAGAACAACAAAGGACUCUGUGAAGCCAUUUGUGACCAUGGGUGCAAGUACGGUGAAUGUGUGGGGCCGAAUAAAUGCAAAUGUUUUCCUGGAUUUACAGGGAAAACUUGCAAUCAAGAUAUGAAUGAAUGUGGACUGAAACCUCGCCCCUGUAAGCACAGAUGUAUGAACACCCAUGGCAGCUACAAGUGCUAUUGCCUCAGUGGCUACAUGCUGAUGCCAGAUGGCACCUGUUCCAAUUCCAGGACAUGUGCCAUGACAAACUGCCAAUAUGGCUGUGAAGACAACAAAGAUGAGGUACAGUGUCUAUGUCCAUCAGCUGGACUCCAACUGGGACCUAAUGGAAGAGCCUGUAUAGAUGUUGAUGAAUGCUCCUCUGGAAAAGUUCUCUGCCCCUACAAUCGGAGAUGUGUGAACACAUUUGGGAGCUACUACUGCAAAUGCCACAUCGGUUUUGAACUGAAAUACAUCAAUGGGCGAUAUGACUGUGUAGAUAUAAAUGAAUGUGCUGCAAAUACCCACAAGUGCAGCAUUCAUGCUGACUGCCUCAAUACCCAAGGUGCUUUUAAGUGCAAAUGUAGACAGGGCUAUAAGGGCAAUGGAUUUCACUGCUCUGUUAUUCCUGAAAAUUCUGUAAAGGAAAUCUUCCGGACACCUGGAGCCAUUAAAGACACCAUCAAGAGGUUGCUUGCUCAUAAGCAUAGCGUAAAGAAGAAUGAAGAAAUAAAGAAUGUGAUCCCAGAACCUGCUGUGACUCCAGCGACCAAGGUUCUGUUGCAGCCAUUCCAUUAUGAAGAUAGCAUUCAGGUUGGUGAAGCCUAUGAUGGAAAGGUAAAAGAACAUGAAGAUACCAGGAGAGAAGAUGGGACAGAGGAAGAAGGACAGAUUGACCUCAGGAACCAAAUUGAUCCUGAGCAAAGCCUUAGAGGAGAUGUGUUCUUCUCUAAGGAUAAUGAAGCAGCUCCAUUUGAUCUAUUCCUGGUCCAGAGAAAAGUUGUGACCUCAAAAUUAGAACACAAAGAUUUAAAUGCUUCAAUUGACUGCAGCUUUGAUGAGGGGAUUUGUGAUUGGAAACAGGAUACAGAAGAUGAUUUUGACUGGAAUCCUGCUGAUCGAGAUAAUGCUGUUGGGUAUUACAUGGUAGUCCCAGCCUUUGUAGGACAGAAAAAGGAUGUUGGUCGUUUGACACUUCUCCUUACCAAUCUUCAGCCCCAAAGCAGUUUCUGCUUAAUGUUUGAUUAUCGACUUGCUGGAGAAAGAGUGGGGACGCUUAGAGUAUUUCUGAAAGAUAAAAAUAAUACUGUUGCCUGGGAGGAGACCAGCAGCGAGGAUGGAAGAUGGAGGACUGGGAAAAUUCAACUGUAUCAUGGAAUUGAGACUACCAAGAGUGUCAUUUUUGAAGCAGAACGUGGCAAGGGCAAAACCGGAGAGAUUGGUGUGGACACUGUCUUAUUAGCUUCAGGCAUAUGUCCUAAAGGCCUUUAA